UUGAGUUCAGAUAUAAACUCGAUUUUUGCCGAAAUUUCCUUUAUUAGUAAAGAACAUGUAAUUCAGUUUGUGACAAAACCGACUCUUGAAGUCUCACAAUUACUUGUAGCUGACAGGCUCGUGCUCUUAUUUGUCCGAAACCCAGCUGUCGCUGGAGGCAAACGCAAGCUCGAGUCCAUCCGGCCUCCAACGAUGCGCAAUGAUCCAACGCUGGCGAUCUUGUGCGGAAAGCGGAGCCCGCCACCAAUUGACGCUGGCACAAAGACGUGCCUUAAACUUGGUCUGCAGGUCCGAGACUGCAAACGCAAGACCAAGUGGGCUAACCGAGUUCUACUGCUGACCCUUGCAGCCUCACUGAAGACUCGGCAGCAAGGAUUGUUUCGAUCAGUGGGAUUCAUAAGCUUCUCAGUAUUCUUCCACAAACUGACUCGUUUAUCAUGA